GCUGACAACUGACAUUCAGUCAAGUGUUCCCCGCGCUUAGAGGGAAAAAUGAAAUUGGUUCUCGGACUUCUGGUGCUCUGUGUAGCAAUCUAUUCGGUGAUCGCUGCAUCGGGCAUACAUCAGUACAUCGGAGGAGGAGGAGGAGGAGGAACAUCUGAUGACAGCGAUGAGAAGCUUGUAUGGAGCGAUAGUGUGCACAGUGCCGACACCGAUGCGGCCCUAAGUCGACUCGCAGCAUUGGAUAACAUUGGCAAUGACAGAGCCAUGAACUUUGAUGAGAGCAACUGGGGCGGCGAUGGCCUCAGAAUUAAAGGAUUCGACAAGGACUCCAACAGUGCUUCUAAUUCAGAUUCAGAUAGACCCCACAGGGGAUUUCAGCUCAUUCAAUUUUGAUUUCCCUAAAAAAAAAUAUAAUUUCAAAUAUAAUUUUAUUCAUGAUGCGGAAA